AAAGUUAAUGAGGGAUGGUAAAUUAAACAAAUCCGGCAACUCUAUUACUGAGUAUCUUUUUGUUUUCAAAAAUAAAGAAAUAAAAUAAGUAAUCAUUGUAAGCAGUGAAUAGGAAAAAUAUUGCGAAAUAAAUAAUGGAGGAACUUUUGAACGAAGUGGUUCCCCAGGAUGAGCUAGAGAAAUUUGAGAAGAAAUAUGCUCAUGAACUUGAAUUGGAUGGAGAAGUAUCUGUAGAAACCAAAUUCGAGUAUGGGUUCUGCUUAGUUCGUAGCAGAUAUACCAACGACAUCAGAAAGGGCAUUAUGAUAUUGGAGGAUUUAGCCCGAAUACAUCCGGAGGGAAGACGCGACUAUAUUUAUUAUUUGGCUUUUGGUAAUGCUAGAAUAAAAAAUUAUUCAGAAGGUCUAAAAUAUUGUCGGGCAUUUUUGGAUAUCGAAUCAAAUGAUCAAGUCCGAUCUUUAGAGGAAUAUAUUAAGAAACAAAACGACAAGGAAAUGGCCAAAGGCAUGGCAGUGGCUGGUGGAGCUGCUUUAGUUUUGGGAGGAAUUCUUGGACUUGGGAUAGCUCUAGCGAAAAAUAAACAAAAACGCAAUAAAUAAAUGCAGGAUAUUUGCUACAAAUGUAUCUAA